CUCCUCUUCUUCUGCCGUACAACUCAAGUUUGACUGCAUUUCAAACCAAAAAAAAAAAACUACAAAACAAAAAGAAAAGAAAACAACCUCGCUUUACACACUCCAAUCUCACAGUUAAAGAAAGAAACAGAAGAAGAAGAAAGAAAACUUCCUUCAUUCUGCAUUAUUAUUAUUAUUAUUAUUUAUUAUAAUUAUUAUGUUCUCGCCACUACCAAAUUCCUUCUCUUAGCUCUCUCAUUUCCCAGAAAUAUUCCCUCACGAGUACUAUGGACUACGAAAGGAUCCAAAAGCCUCAGGGCGGCGGCGGCGGCGGAGGAUUUUCGCCGGGAAAGUUGAGGAUGAUGCUGAUGGGAGUAGAGAAGCAGAGAAAGCAAGAAGACGACUCUGAAUCUUCCUUUACUUUGAGAUCUCAACCUUUUGACGUUGAUGAAUCUGGUGGUAGCAGUUCCGACAACUGCAAAUAUGUAGAUGUUGUGAGUGUCCUUCAUGCAUGUUCAACUUCAACCACAGCUGACUCCUUAGGUGCGGAGAUGGUUAGUGAUCGUAGGUUGAAGGAUAAUACUAAUAGUACAAGAGCUAGAAAUCAACAAGACCCUUCUUUGGAUUAUGAUAGUGUACACGAUGGAAUGAGUGUCUCGUCGUCGAUCUUUGAGUUUCAGAAGGGCGAGAGGGUCCAACAGAGGAUGCCCCUUGCUCCAUUUUCGAAGCCUGCGCCAUCGAAAUGGGAUGAUGCCCAGAAGUGGAUUGCAAGUCCUACUUCUAAUCGACCAAAGGCAGGACAAGGUGGGCUAGGAGUUGGGCCAAGGAACGUGAGUCGUCAGCUUUCUGCAAAAGUGGUUGUUGAAGUUCCGGAUCAGAAAGUGGUUGCUUUCGAAGAGCCAGAUACGAAACAGAUUGAUAUGAAUCAAGCUAAGGUGGAAAGUUGGGGGCAAAAGCUUCUUCCUUGGGAGGCUGAUGCAUAUCCGACUGCAGAUUCUUAUAGCAAGCCUGUGCUCAUGAUUGAGAACUCAGUUGGACAAUCAGCAAUCAAUCUCAGCCGUCACAGUUCAUCUGUAGCCAUACAAAGUGCAAUGACGUUUAUUCCACCCCCUUCAACAGCUAGGUCAGUAUCAAUGAGAGAUAUGGGCACAGAGAUGACACCUAUUGCUAGCCAAGAUCCUUCCCGGACUGGAACUCCUGUGAGAGCAACCACACCAAUGCGCAGCCCAACUUCUUCAAGACCGUCUACUCCUCCCAGAGCUGCCCCUGAGUCAUCUGCAACUGAUCCACACAUUGACCAUCUGGAUUCUAAUAGAGGGUUAUCUGAAAGAGAGCUACAAAUGAAAACGAGGAGAGAAAUAAUGGCUCUUGGAACACAGCUUGGUAAAACAAACAUUGCUGCGUGGGCUAGCAAAGAGGAGGAAGAUAAGGAUGCAUCCACUACAUUGAAAGCCCUAGCAGCAGAGCAACAGGCUAAAAGUGUUAUUGAGACACGCGCAACGGCAUGGGAGGAGGCCGAGAAAGCCAAGUACAUGGCCAGGUUUAAACGUGAAGAGAUGAAAAUUCAAGCAUGGGAGAAUCAUCAAAAAGCAAAAACAGAAGCUGAGAUGAGGAAAAUUGAGGUAGACGUUGAAAGGAUGAGGGGGCGAGCUCAUGACAAGCUUAUGAAUAAGCUCGCAGCUGCGAGGCACAGGGCCGAAGAAAAACGAGCAGCAGCAGAAGCGAAGAGAAACCAGCAGGCCGCAAGAACAGAGCAGCAAGCAGAAUAUAUUCGCAGAACUGGUCGUAUCCCUUCCUUAUUGUCCUGUUGGAAUUGGUGCCUUUGAAGUGUAUCCCUUUAUGCAGUUAAAGUGUUUUCCUUGUUUCCUUGUCUGCGUCGUUGAUAUGUUUGCAUAUGUUUCGUCCUCAUCACGACACACACGAGCACGAGCACGAGCACGUUCAAGUGUUUGACUCCAAACCACUACUUGUUCAAAUUUAUAGUACUUUCAAUGCGAGUAAAUCAAGUAAAAGCAUUUCCGUUGUACAGGAAUCUUUGGCCUUUUGCAACCUUUAACAUUUGAAAGGCCUGGUUUUGAUUAAUUGUGGACCUCGGCAUAUGUAUACAAUAUGCAAAGAAGUGCUAAAGCGUGAUUGCAGGCACAGUCUAGCGAACAUUCCAUGCCAACCUCCAUUAGGUGUAGAACAGUAAUGCUUGUCAAUGACGCUAAAAUCGUGGCUGCAGGC